AUGCGGAACGUUUGGUGGGACCUCGCCGUCGGCGGCGUGGACGAAAACAUCGAAGGAAAUGGCGGAGAGAUUUGUAUGCAUGUCAGUUUUGUUUUUAUUCAAUUAUUCAACUAGGUGAAAAAGCCGAAAAUUUCUGAAAACUUUGAAGCUUUUUUUUUAGUUAUGGUUCUAUGAAAAAUCCUGUUUCAGUCUGUUACUAUUCAAUAGGCUUACUGAGCUUAUAGAUCGAUCUAACUGUCUUGAAUUCAAAAAAAUUAUUAAUUUUUUUAUCAAAUUCUUUGCUUUUUUUUCUUCAGCCUGAAGAAAAAAAGUAUGAAAAAAUUAGGAAUCCCUCACGAUAAGUCCGUCAUAAAUUUCAUGACGUCCAAUCAGGCGAUUUACUUGAGUUGAUAAUGAGUUAUCAAAUAGAACCAAGAGGACAAAGUUCGCUCCCAUAAAAGGGCUGAAAUGUCAUUUUGAAACUGCUUUUUGAUUUUUAGAGUCCUCGGUUUUUGAAAUCAAGUUUAUUAGGAGCCCAGAGCGAAAAAUCAUAGUUUUUUUCGGAAAAUUAGCUUUCGAUAAUCUUUUUUUCUGAAGUUUCAAAACGAUGGCCGAGCGAAUCUUACUUCAAAAAAAUUGAUAACUGACGUAAUUUUUAAUGUUUUAGAGAGAAAUUUUUUUCCCCCUGCGUUAUCUCGAAAAAGGUCAAUUUGAUAUUCAUAUUACGGUAGUUCUCCUAGAAAAAAGAAAUGCAGAAACGAAGAAAUUGAAUAAAUUUAGUUUUAUUGGGUGCAAUUGCGUGACGAUUCGACGUUUCCAAUAGCCAAUUUUUGAUUGCGCUUCUUUAUAAUGCAUAUUUUGAAACGACCACCGCCUUCAAAUUUGUUUCUUGACAGGAAUUUUGAACUUAAUGCAGCCUCGUUUUUCUACUACAAAGAAACAAUGAGCACUCGGACAUAGGUAGCGCGGAGCGGACGUGCUCCGGACGUUUCUGGGCAAAUCUGGGGAUAACUUAAGAGCGCUGAGGCUACUAAAGUAGCCACUAGAAAUGCGCCAAUACGUCCGAUUCGCGUCCCGUUCGCGUUACCAAGGUCCGAGCAAAUGAAGAUUCGAGGCUUAUGCGGCAAAAAAUGUCGAUAGAGCGCAAAUGAAUUAAUAUGCGCAAGAGUUGCCGUGUACUCAACGCAUUAAUCAACGCCGUCAUUUUUGACCUUUUUUUUUUCUUUUUUCUUAUACUAAAAUUGGUUGAACACUUCCAAAGAGUCGGUGACGUUUGCCUUUCAGUAGAGUUUUAUGGUCUUCAAGUUUAAAGUUCAACAGCUUAGCAGAGAAAUAGAAGGAUUUUGGCGUCAUUCUCCACAAAACAGAAGAAGCAGUUUUUUUGGCUGAUCUAAAUUAAGAUUUCCUAAAAUCCUUUUCUGAAAUGUUGAGUCAGAUUAUCAAUUGGAUACCUUCUGAAAAUCCCUCAAUGGAAGUAUUUUAUCUGAACUUAAAAUCAUUAAAAUUUUAAAAAAUGUCUUCAGUAUAUUCCGGGAUGGCAGCGCUUCCUCGAAACGAUCGUUUUUGUGCCGCUGUCGCUGUGGACCGCUUUUGGCGCUUUCCCUCUGGAUUGCAAAUAUUCUCUACCGCCUCGACCCACCUCCCGAUAUACAGUUCUGACUAUCUACAGCUUGAUUUUUGGCGCCGAACUUGCCUACAAAAUGAUCUCAAAGUGAGGCUUUUUCUCAUAGUCCGAGUAUCAAAUAUUUAUCAUCGAAAAAUAAUAGAUUUUCAUUUUUUUUCGAUUAUCAGAAGUUUUCUGUUUUGAAUUAUCUUUAUUACAAAACGUACGAGGAUAUAUAUAAUAACAUUUUUUCUUUAAAGAUCACUUUUCUUUCCAGAACUGGCAUUUUCCUGCUUAAUCCGUGUCACGUAACCACAACUAUGCAGCUGAUUUUACUCACCAUGGACGCCAAUGACAAGUGA